AUGUCUCUCUCUCUCCUCUAUCACGAUCCUCGCUCCAAACUGAUCCAAAGCAAAGAGGCAGGUAAUACCUCGAAUCAUCAUAUUACACUUGCCGGAAAAAGAUUAAAAGAUUAA